AUGUCGCUGCUACCACACCACCUUUCAAGAGGUGCCGGGACACGCCCUGCAGGUCACCACGACGAGGCCGGGACACGCCCUGCAGGUCACCACGACGAGGCCGGGACACGCCCUGCAGGUCACCACGACGAGGCCGGGACACGCCCUGCAGGUCACCACGACGAGGCCGGGACACGCCCUGCAGGUCACCACGACGAGGCCGGGACACGCCCUGCAGGUCACCACGACGAGGCCGGGACACGCCCUGCAGGUCACCACGACGAGGCCGGGACACGCCCUGCAGGUCACCACGACGAGGCCGGGACACGCCCUGCAGGUCACCACGACGAGGCCGGGACACGCCCUGCAGGUCACCACGACGAGGCCGGGACACGCCCUGCAGGCCACCACGACGAGGCCGGGACACGCCCUGCAGGCCACCACGACAGCGUCGGGCGCCCUGCAGGCCACCUCCCCUCUACACUCUCAGCACUACACGUCAAUAAUAUGCUGUACAACAUGUCAAAAGGAGGCAGUGUUACAGGAGGCAAUGUUACAGGAGGCAAUGUUACAGGAGACAGUGUUACAGGAGACAGUGUUACAGGAGACAGUGUUACAGGAGGCAGUGUUACAGGAGGCAGUGUUACAGGAGGCAAUGUUACAGGAGACAGUGUUACAGGAGGCAAUGUUACAGGAGGCAAUGUUACAGGAGACAGUGUUACAGGAGACAGUGUUACAGGAGGCAAUGUUACAGGAGGCAAUGUUACAGGAGACAGUGUUACAGGAGGCAAUGUUACAGGAGGCAAUGUUACAGGAGACAGUGUUACAGGAGGCAGUGUUACAGGAGGCAAUGUUACAGGAGGCAAUGUUACAGGAGACAGUGUUACAGGAGGCAGUGUUACAGGAGGCAAUGUUACAGGAGACAGUGUUACAGGAGGCAGUGUUACAGGAGGCAAUGUUACAGGAGACAGUGUUACAGGAGGCAGUGUUACAGGAGGCAAUGUUACAGGAGGCAAUGUUACAGGAGGCAAUGUUACAGGAGGCAAUGUUACAGGAGACAGUGUUACAGGAGGCAGUGUUACAGGAGGCAGUGUUACAGGAGGCAAUGUUACAGGAGACAGUGUUACAGGAGGCAGUGUUACAGGAGGCAAUGUUACAGGAGGCAAUGUUACAGGAGACAGUGUUACAGGAGGCAGUGUUACAGGAGGCAAUGUUACAGGAGGCAAUGUUACAGGAGGCAAUGUUACAGGAGACAGUGUUACAGGAGGCAGUGUUACAGGAGGCAGUGUUACAGGAGGCAAUGUUACAGGAGGCAAUGUUACAGGAGACAGUGUUACAGGAGGCAGUGUUACAGGAGGCAAUGUUACAGGAGGCAAUGUUACAGGAGACAGUGUUACAGGAGGCAGUGUUACAGGAGGCAAUGUUACAGGAGACAGUGUUACAGGAGGCAGUGUUACAGGAGGCAAUGUUACAGGAGACAGUGUUACAGGAGGCAGUGUUACAGGAGGCAAUGUUACAGGAGACAGUGUUACAGGAGGCAGUGUUACAGGAGGCAAUGUUACAGGAGACAGUGUUACAGGAGGCAGUGUUACAGAAGGCAAUGUUACCGGAGACAGUGUUACAGGAGGCAGUGUUACAGGAGGCAAUGUUACAAGAGGCAAUGUUACAGGAGACAGUGUUACAGGAGGCAGUGUUACAGGAGGCAGUGUUACAGGAGGCAGUGUUACAGGAGAUGUGCGUGAGGGUACGGACAGUAAGGAAGGCGUGACUGAGAGAUAA